AACCAGUGUUUAUCAAAGUGUACAUGCGGUAGCAAAAGUGUUGAAAACAAAUUGAAGGGAAAUUUGCAUUAGUCUUGCUUGUUUGCUAAAAAAAGUUGAAGAUCGUCAUCAUGUCGGACAAGAUCAAAUUGGGCGACUACUUGAUCGUGCAGCGACAGAAGUACAUGAAGUUGCAAAAAUUCAACAAUCUCAACACGACCGUCAAUCUGGGCAAAGAUCAGAUCGAACUGAAACUAGCCGAGAAUCAUCCGUACCACACCACGUUCCACUUGGUGCCGAAACUGGAACGUGGUAAGCGACAGUUCACGCUGGACGCACUAUCGACCCCUUCGGAAAUCCGCAAUCUAAAGGAGUUGCUGAUCAAGGAAAGCGGAAGCGACAAUCGCAACAUCACCGACGAUCGACAAUCGCAGGCACUGACGACGGAGGAAAUCUUGAAGCUGCGCGAAGAGUGCGAAUCGUCUUCCGAGGUGAUCGGCAAGCUGGUGGAAAACUCCAAAAGUUUCGCUACGAAAACGGAAUACUCCCAGGAGAAGUAUCUGAAACGGAAGGAGAAAAAGUAUUUCGAGUACAUCACGAUACGACGGCCGUCGAUUCGCGUGCUGUGCGACAUCUACUGGCGUUUGGAUCCGGAGAAGGUGCUCGGGGUGCGCUUCGACACCCUGUCACAGAUUGUGUCCUACAGUGGGGUGUGUAGCGUUGGCAACUAUCUACUGUACGAGUCGGGCACGAACGGGUUGCUUCCGGCAGCGAUGCUCAAUUCCAUCGGGAAGGAAACCGGGGCCAAACUGGUGCAUUUACAUCCGGGGAACGUCGCACAAAAGCAGGCUCUUAUGGCAAUGGAUUUCCCUACUGAACAGCUGGCACGAUGCGUGUCAGUAAAUAUCUACUCGGUGAUAAGACAUUACUAUCAGGAGAAGGAAUCAACCAACGGCGGUGAGGCAAUUGUAGAGGAAGUGAAGGAAGUUAUAAAAACCCAAGAGGAGCAAGAAAUGGUCGAAAAAGAUGAGAUUUCCAACGGUGAAACAAAAAAGCGUAAGCUUGAAGAUGGCACGGAAAAUGGAAAGAACGCCGAAGACGGAGAACCGAAUGCCAAACUGGUCAAGCUGGAGAAAGAGAAACAAACGUGGGAACUUGAAAACGAAACUGCUGCAGGCUUAAUGAGGGAAAAGUUCGACUCGCUAGUUAUUGUGGCGAAGGAACAUCCGUACAGUAUUCUAAAGGCCUUGCUGCCGUUCGUGAAGCCCAGCCGGCCGGUUGUGAUUUUCUCUACCUCAAGGGAAAUCCUCGCCGAAUGCUACGUGGACAUGAAAACGGAGGCUGCGGUAACGUACCUGCGGCUGACGUCCAAUUGGACAAGACAGUUGCAGGUUCUUCCCAACCGUACCCAUCCGGACGUGACUAUGUCAGGGAGUAGCGGAUAUGUUCUUACAGGAUACACGAUAGGGUAGUAUCAGGGCAAUGAAAGCAUAAAGGACUGUUCUUACCCAUCGUAAGAAGGAAGUUAUAGAGUAUAUUUUACAAUUUAAAACUUUUUUUUUAUGAAACAGGAAAGAUUAAAAUCGAAAAAUGUUCAUUUAUUGGAAGUUUAAUGUGGUUAACAUUGUA